GGGAGAGAGACAGCGAGUGUGUGGGAGAAAAAAAGUGAGCGAGAGAGGCAGCGAGUGUGCUCCAGGACUAAACCUCUCAGUGUUCAGCCUGCAGCAGAGCCUCCACAUUUCUCCUCUUGUUUCUCUUCUUUCUGUGCUCUCUGCGCUUGUCUUCACCCACUCUGCUCUCUUUCCUCUUAAGCCCCAUUUUCUCAUUCUGUUUGCUGUCUCCUUCCUCUAUUAUCACUGCUUUUCAGGUACCAACUCUCUUUUCCUGCUGCACUCUACUUUUCACUCUUCAUCCCUCUCCGUCUUUGGUCCUCUUUUUGCCUCGUGGCAGAUGUAGUGAGGGGGUUUUUCUUAACACCUACACUUUCUCCUGUCCUCCUCCCUUAUCACGUCCCAUGGGCAUCCGUGCUUCUUGCAGACCAGAGCCUCAUGGUCGUGGAGGCGGCUCUGUGCCGGGCCAGGCAGACUCUCCGCUCCCAGAGCAAGACGAGGAGAUCCUGGGCUCUGAUGAUGAUGAGCAGGAGGACCCCAAUGACUACUGCAGGGGUGGAUAUCACCAUGUGAAGAUCGGAGAUCUCUUCCACGGGAGAUACCAUGUGAUCCGUAAGCUGGGCUGGGGCCACUUCUCCACUGUGUGGCUGGCCUGGGACAUCCAAGAGAAGCGCUUCGUGGCUAUGAAGGUUGUAAAAAGUGCAGAACAUUACACAGAGACAGCUCUGGAUGAGAUCAAGCUGCUCAAAUCCGUAAGAAACACAGAUCCCAGUGACCCCAACAGAGAGAAAGUGGUGCAGCUUCUAGACGACUUCAAAAUUUCUGGCAUGAAUGGCACUCAUGUGUGCAUGGUAUUUGAGGUGCUGGGUUACCACCUGCUGAAGUGGAUCAUCAAGUCGAAUUAUCAAGGCCUGCCUCUUCCCUGUGUUAAAAGCAUAAUACAACAGGUGCUGCAGGGUCUAGACUACCUCCACACCAAGUGUAAGAUCAUCCACACAGACAUCAAGCCAGAGAACAUUCUGCUGACCGUCAACGAGCCCUACAUCAAGAAAAUGGCUGCUGAAGCUACGCAGUGGCAGAAGACUGGAGCUGCUCCUCCUUCGGGUUCUGCAGUGAGUACAGCCCCAGCACCCAAACCUAUGGCCAAAAUGUCUAAGAACAAAAAGAAGAAGAUGAAGAAGAAGCAGAAGAAGCAGGCAGAGAUGCUGGAGAAGAGGAUCCAGGAGAUGGAGGGAGGAGUAGCGGAAGGUGGAGAAGAGGAGGAAGAGGAGGAGACGACGACAACAGAGACCACCGAAGAUACGACUUCCUCGCCCACCCUCUCUAUGUCUGCCACGCUGCAAGACAUCGCUAACCAUAUUGUCACAGACUUGACCCCAGACGAACAAACCCAGCAGCAACCAGAGGUAAAUGAGCGAAGAGAGAAAGCAGCCGAGGAGGAGAACAGGAUGGAGGUGAACUGCAACGGACACGCUUCCACGCCGGAGAGCGAGGCCAGUCCGGAGGUUCAAGGGACCAAGCAGCAGACGACGGAGGAGCUGGAGGACCAACAGAACGCCAACCAACCAGAAAGUAACACAGAGAGCCAGGACACGUUAGGUAACAAGACAGAAGAGCAUCAGACCUGUAACGGUUCACCUGAGGACGCAGACGUGCAGCAGCUCCCCGUCUCUCUCAGCCCAGACUCUGUCACUGUAGAGCUGAAGGAAGAAGCAGACAAGGAGGAGGAGGAAAAGAAGGAGGAGGAGAUGGAGACUCAGGGGGAGACCAAAAGAGAGGAGGAUGAAGACAGCCAGGAUGGAGCAGCAGCCAAUAUGUUAGUAGACCCCCUUCAGCCUGUUAACGCUGACAAGCUGCAGGUUAAGAUUGCAGACCUUGGCAACGCCUGCUGGGUGCACAAACAUUUCACAGAUGACAUUCAGACGCGGCAGUAUCGUUCUCUCGAGGUGCUGACAGGAGCCGGCUACGGUACACCAGCAGACAUCUGGAGCACAGCCUGCAUGGCAUUCGAGCUUGCUACUGGAGAUUAUCUGUUUGAGCCCCACUCUGGAGAAGACUACUCCAGAGAUGAAGAUCACAUAGCGCUGAUCAUCGAGCUGCUAGGCAAAGUUCCUCGGAAGCUGAUCUUGGCAGGCAAAUACUCCAAGGAGUUUUUCACCAAGAAAGGGGACCUGCGUCACAUCACCAAGCUGAAGCCGUGGGGCUUAUUUGACGUGUUGGUAGAAAAGUACGAGUGGUCCAAAGACGCGGCACACAGCUUCAGCACCUUCCUGCUGCCCAUGCUGGACCUGGUGCCUGAAAGGAGGGCCACGGCGGCCCAGUGCCUCUCCCAUCCAUGGCUCACAUCCUAGAGUGCACACCUCCACCCGCCAUAUUGUGAAAGGAUAAAUUAGGUUUGAAGAUCCUGGGCAGUAAACAAACACAUCCAUGUCCGCAAGAACCUAUGACUGCAUUGUGCCUGCAUCCUCCUGCCAUGGCUGUCGGAGGCAUCCCACACACACUUUCACAAACACAAUGAAAAGAGAGACUGUGCUGAGUUUUUGUCCUGCUUUGGAUUACACUGAUGAUGGAAGGAACUCGUGUGCUUCGUCCUAUAUUUAUGGCCCUUUUUUUUUUUUUUUUACUGCCUGUAUAGGACUUAUCGACCUUGCGCCCUUUUUUUUCCUGACUCCAGCUCUUUCUCUGCAGCACAUUCUCUGUAUUUUUAGCUGUAGUUAAUGGACUCUAUUGUAUUCAAAAGAAAGGUUGCACUUAUCUACAAAGGCAUACGCAGCCAGGAUGUGAACAGGAACUUAAAGAUUGCCAUCAAAACUACAUGCUGUUAUCAUAUAGGUCAUAAAAAGCCAAAAUUUGUCUUUGUUUGCCAGUUAGCUGUUCCAGCUUUUAUGCCUGGCUGUCAAAUGUGUGCAAAGUGCUCAGAAUUAAUAAGUGCGUAAUGCUAACAGCCAUGAGGAGAUACUAGUGACGUUCUUAGCACUGUUGAGUUAGCUUUAUCUUCAAUAACUUUUGUAAAUUUGUAUACAGGCUCUGGAGUGAUUCAUCAGAAAUCAAACUUUAUUUUUCAGUAAAACCCAAACUGUCAUCUCAGUUUUUACAAGCGUUAUUGUUAGUUUCAGCAAUAUUAUACAUUGUCUUUAAAAAAGCAAGUGUGUACACAAAAUAAUAAAAAAACAACAACAUUCAGAUUAUUUUCCUACUUCACACACAAAAAGGACAACUUAAUGCUGUUUCAUACCUGGAUAACAUUUUGCCUGUUAAAACAAGGCUUCAUAUAACUAUCACAUCAACAGUCAAAUCUUCUACACUCAAAACCUUUAUGUGGUUCCACGUCCAGUGUGCACCAAAGAGCUGGCCUUUAGUCUCUGCCUCUCUGCAGCGAAAGCUUUGCACAGUUUGACCGUAAAUUGAAGGCACAAGCUGAAAGGUUUGAGCAUUUUUUUUACACUUUUUAGAAAUUCCUUGAAGAAUGUUCAGGUGACUUCCAGUUGUAUAAAAACUAAAGCUUUGUUUCCACUGCACACGGAGGUGUUGGAUUUGAAAAUAAUGGAUUGUACUAAAACAAAUGCUGUAAUAAUGCUUUGAAUCCCCUCAGAAGUAUUUUGCUUGUUUUUCUACAAAGUCUCCUCUCCUUCUGUCCAUGUCUGCGCUCUUCAUGAUUGUUCAUUUUUUUCUGUAGGUUAUAAAAAUAAACAUAUUUCAAAAUCUUAUUAAA